AUGCUCGACGCACGACUGAACUUCAAGCAGCAAGCAGAGCAUGUGAACGCUAAGGCGUUUGGAAUCAGAGUCGCUCUGUCACGUCUCAUGCCCAACAUGGGAGGUCUGAAGCAAAGGAGACGAGCAUUGCUGAAUUUGGUGGUCACGUCAGUGCUCCCAUAUGGCAUUGCCAUCUGGGCUGACGCGUUGCAGAUGCAGGAAACAAGGCGGAAGGUGGCCCCAGUGUACCGUCUAAGCGCUUUUAGAGUGGCAAGCACAUACAGCAAAGUGUCUGAAGACGCAGCGUGUGUCAUCGUCGGGAUGUUACCCAUUGAAGAGUUGGCCGAGGAAUGGCCAACUCUUUAG